AUGAACUCGAUGAACUUAGAAACCGAUUUUUCUCAGUUUUCUACCUGUGAUAUUUCGGAUGGCCUUUUGAACAAAUAUGGAUUAGCUGAAGGUGGGUUUUUGCCAAAUUUGACCAGAUGGUCAGGUUCCGAAUCAAUUACGAAUUUCGGGAGAGCUUUUACGGUACUUUUCGCUCCAAAAGAAGAUCCUAGACCCGAGGUUAACUACAUCGAUGAGAUUCCAAGUGGAUCUUGUUUGACCAUUGCACUGACAUUACCGUUACAAUUAGAAUGCGCGCCUUUUGUGCGAAUUCCACAGGCUCUUUAUGGUGGGUUAAUGACAACAAGAGCCAAUUACUUAAGGGCAGCGUUUACCGUGGUUUUUGGUCGUAUCAGAGAUUUGGAAGAACAUCGAGCUUUGAAUUAUCCUACUUUUAGUUAUGGUUUAGGGACCUGUGCCGCUAAAAUGGCAGUCAAGCCUGUUGAAGUCAAUGUUCCCUUGUCCAUCAUUACUGGAGAAGGCCAGAUUCAAAUGAUUCAUCCAGGAGAUUACAUGAUUGGCGAUGCCCAUGGCAUAGUGAGAAUUCCUAUGCAAGACGUCCUAGUUCAAGAUCUAGUAGAAUACGUUCGCAAAUCGAAAGAAGUCGAUGAACUUGUUGCCCAAGAUAUCCGUGACGGUAAGCCUGCAAAAGCUUCUCAAAAAGCUAGAAGAGCCGUGUUAGCAAGUUUUGUGUGA